AAGUGAUUGCGAUUCUAGAUUGAUGGCUUGCGUUGUCAACGGGUACACGGUCAUUCCCGUCGUUCGCUCGACCGGUGCUGCGCAGCGCUUCCUGUAUUGCAAGAAACACUCGAGCAAGGCCGAAGACAGCUCCGAGUCGCAUCCAGCCGGUCGUGCGCUGUUCGUGGCCAACCUGCCGCUUGACGCUGACCAGCAAGGACUUGCGUCACUCUUCACCGAGUUUGGCACCGUGGAUCGCGUUGAUGUCUCUACUCUUUCCAAGGGGCGGCACGCCCAAGGAGCGCGCGGAACGUCCACCCGCCACGCUCUCCAGUUUGAGGAAGGAUCGCGUAUUGCCUAUGUUGUUUUCAGUACCCCACGAGGCGUGUCGAACGUCCUCAAGGCGAACGCAGAUCGCAAGCGCGUGAUUGAGCAAGCAGCACAACCUCGUGGUUUGCACAAAUGGAUUGACGAGCACAAGAGCUCAAUCAUCGACAUUGCCACGGCGCAAGCUGAAGUGGACGAAUACAUGCAAAAGCACGACGAGGCUGAGCGACAGGCACGCGAAGCGGAAGCUGCUCGUGAAAAUGUGCCAGACUCGGACGGCUGGGUCACCGUCUCUCGCCGCCGAUCCGCGACACCGACAGCGGCUGCUCGCGCAUUACAAGAAGAAGGCGAAAGCCCUGCUGCCGCGCUCCAGCGGCGAAAGAAGGCCCUUUCGGACUUUUACCGCUUCCAACAACGCGACGCCCGACGAACGCAACUGGAUCGGUUGCGCGAAAAGUUUGAGGAAGACAAACAAAAGAUUGCAAGCAUGCGCGCCGCACGCAAGUUCCGUCCAGUGUAGUAGACCGUCUUGAGCAUGGGGUUUUGCUGUUUGACUUGCUCUUCGUGUUGGUGAGAUGUUUGAUGAUAGAAUGAAAUUUUGAAAUGUCC